AUGGACAUUGGUAUUACGGCCAGGGUGUCAUCCAGCUCAAUAGACCCCGCGGUGCUGGCCCAGCGGGCUGAGGAGCUCGGCUUCGAAUCCUUCUGGCUGCCGGAACACCCCAUCCUACCGGUCAACACCAGCGCGAGAUAUGGCGGCACCGCCGACGCCUCCAUUCCCGCUUCCAUGGCCGACAUCGGCGACCCGUUGAUUGGCCUGGCCCGCGCCUCGGCAGUCACCAGUUCCAUCAAGCUAGGCACCGCCAUUAGCCUGGUGCCGGAGCACAAUCCACUGCUCCACGCCAAGCAAAUCGCCACCCUCGACCGUCUUUCCAAUGGUCGUUUCCUGUUCGGUAUUGGUGCGGGUUGGCUUCAGGAAGAAACCGAGAUUAUGGGCGGCGACUUCCGGCACCGAUGGGGCCAGACCCGGGAGCAUAUCCUGGCUAUGAAGCAGCUUUGGACCCAGGAAGAAGCCGAGUUCCACGGGCGCUUCGUUGACUUUCCUGCCGUGCGAUGCUCUCCUAAGCCGGUGCAGAGCCCUCAUCCCCCGGUUUACCUGGGUGGGUUCGCCGCCAACGUUUUCAAGCGGGUGGUGGAAUAUGGGGAUGGCUGGAUGCCCGUGCGGGUCGAUGAAGAGCAGGUGCGCAUGGGACGGGUAUCCCUGGACGAACUGGCGGAUGCGGCGGGCCGGGACCCCAAGUCCAUACUCCUGAUGGUCUGCAAUGUUCCCGCAGACGCGGAACUUAUUCGGGGCCUGGAAGCAGCGGGAGCCGACCGUGUCACCAUAGGAUUACCCGCCGAGGCGGGAGAAGAUUCGCUGCGGGUAAUGGAGGAGCUGGCUUCGGCGGUAAUCGGUUAGAGAAAGCGGUAAGCAAAGCAGCAAAGGAGGCUGAAGUGGCUAGAAUACCUGCUCCCACGCGCGAGAGCGUUCCCCAGGACCAAUUGGAUGCCUUUGACGAGUUUGUGGCGUUGCGGGGUGGUGUACCCGACGGCGGGCCGCUGUCGGUAAUGCUGAACGUGCCCGACCUGCUGAAACGGGGCGAACACCUGCGGGCCUAUCUUCGGGGAGAUGGCUCCAGUCUGCCCCGCCCGAUUAUCGAGUUGGCUAUGCUGCUGACGGCCCGGGAGAACAACUGCCGGUACAUCUGGAACGCCCAUGCCGCGGCUGGGCGGGCCGCAGGGUUGGACGACGCCGUGGUAGACAACCUGCGGGACGGGAAUUCCCUGCCGGAACUGUCCGCUCCCGAGCAAGCGGUGGUGGAAUACGGCAGAGAGCUAUUCAGAACUCGGACGGUGAGCCAGGCCACUUUCGACGCUGCCCUGGCGCAGUUUAGAGUCCGUGGCCUCGCCGAGUUGACAUCCUUAAUGGGCUACUACGCGCUGCUGGCCUUCAACAUCAACGCCUUCGGUGUCGACAUCCCGGAAGACCAUACGGAGGCACCGCUCCCCGUUUAGUCGGCAGAGCAUCGGCCCCCAUGGUCACUGCUGCUCCACGUCGUAUUCCGUAUACCUCCAAAGCAUUAGUCCCUUCGGAAGCCACGCAAACCGAUUAACGAGUCAAGCUCAA